UAACCGUGAUCCUAAUUUUUACUCUAACGUUUUCUCCUUCCUUCCCCUAAAAAAUUCCGCUAUAUCGUUAUCUCCCAUUCUCACAAGUCAAGUACCUCUUCAAAAUCAUGUCCAUCAUCAUUUCUUUUUUAAAAUCGCGAUAAGACCCCGAACGAGCCAACUAUAUAAGUGACCGAAUCCUCACCUCAGUCAAACCAGUCCAAAAUGAAGACAGCCGUGAUCGUUCUAGCACUCAUCGCCUUGGCUUCGGCCGCACCAAAGGCUACCAAAUUGAGCUACCGCAAUUUGUACAAACAACCCAUCAAGACCAUCACCAAUCCUAGACCCAGGAUCAUCGGUGGACGGGAAGCUACCCCCCACUCCAUCCCCUGGCAAGCAUUCCUUGAAGUCUACUCUUCCAGCGGAGGGUGGUACUGCGGUGGUUCUCUCAUCUCUGCCAACUACGUCGUUACUGCUGGACAUUGCGGCGAUGGCGCUUAUCAAGCCUACGUAACUUUGGGAGCACACGACAUCCAUCAGAACGAAGACACCCAAGUGAACAUUGUAAGUAGCGACAUUAAAGUCCACGAAAGCUACGAUGGAGACGAAAUCAUCAACGAUAUCGCUGUUAUUGGUCUUCCCCAAGCUGUUUCACUGAACGACGCCGUCAAUACUGUCGACUUGCCAAGUGCCAAUGAUGGUGAUUUUGCUGGCGAAACCGCCACUGCUAGCGGUUGGGGUUUGACCGAUGGUCAUGGUAACACCAUCUCCGAUACUCUUAACGAAGUCGACUUGGAAGUUAUUAGCAACAAGGACUGCGAAGAAAUCUUUGGUUCGCUGGAGUCGUCCAUCUUGUGUACGUCUGGAGAUCAAAACACCGGUACCUGCAGCGGUGACUCUGGUGGCCCAUUGGCUAUUGGAAACACUUUGAUUGGUAUCACCUCCUUUGGUGUACAGUACUGCCCUGGUGGUUACCCAUCGGCCUUCACCAGAGUUACCAGCUUCGUCAGCUGGUUGCAGAGCAACACCGAUGUGUAAUUUUUUUCAAAAGUGUUCUAAUUCUUGGUAAAUACAUGGUUACAAUAAAGAAAUUUUUAUCCUAGA